AAAAGCCUUCUCUUUUGGUAAAGGACUAGUGCAGGUACUUUUCCCCCGGAAAACCAAAGGAAAGCUUCGUCUUACUGCGAUCUGGUGAUGAACUCACUCAGCUGAAAGUUAUUAAAAGAAAAAAAAGGUCCAUUUUCUCCAAUUCGAAACCAUGAUAUCCGGCUUCCUUGAUUUCUGUCGGCGCUUGUUGGGAGGGCAAGAUGAAGAGAAUCAAGAGGGGGGCCGCCAUGGAUUCGAACGACGAAGCAGCUCCGGCGGUAACUCUUCGCCGCUGCAAAGAGAGAGUUCGCAGAGGAGAUCACCGGUGCCGGACGCUUCCUUUGCUUCUCCGUCUCCGGCGAGAGCUCAGCCUCCUCAUGCCGCAUCGGCCGCUCCUUUUGCUUCUCCGUCUCCGGCAAAAGCUCAGCCUCCUCGUGCCGCAUCUUCUGCUCCUCCAUCAACAGCUUCUUUUUGUUCGCCGUCGAAGGUUUCUGUGGAUAAUUUGCCGCUGUUCGCUAGCGAGAAGUCGUCGGAACCGCCCCAGUUUGAUCAGCGGAAUAAGAUCGGUCAGCUCCCGCGGUACGAGAUCCCGGAGCAUCUGCAGGAGCAGAUCAAGAACGAUGCCGUGCCCCAGGUGCUCAAAAGGCCCUUAUCGCCAUCCACUUAUGCUGAUUACUUUGCCGCUCUGCUUUACGCAGAGGACUACUACUGUGAGAAAUGGAGCGAUUUUUUGUUGCUUGAUGUCACGCUGGAAUUGCGCGGAAGGGACAGCUUCAAGAUUCAGAACUCAGCUGGAGGCAAGAAGAACAAUAAAAGUAAUGCUCAGAAGGAUAAGCCCUUUGUAGCUUUUGAGAUCGGUUCAGUUCCUGAGAAGCGGCCGUACCUCCUAUCAAGGGAUCAUGUGCUUCUACGACCUGCCGGGAAGAAAACUGAACCUUUCCAGGGAAUCCUGUUCCGGGUCGAAAAGAGCAAAUGGGUGUUAGCCGAAUUCUCAGACGAUUUCCACAAGCAACACUCACCCUCGAAGAAGUACGACGUUAGCUUCUCCUUCAACAGGGUUUGCUUGAAGCGGUCUCACCAGGCGGUUUCAGCUGCAAUGGAUCCUUUCCUCUGUAGCAUCCUUUUCCCCGACCCACCGCGUAACCCAUUUCUCGGACCCAUCCGUAGUUCCGAUUUCACCCAGAACGACCGAAAAAGUAACAUGCUUGCGAUAAUAGGCCGGAUUCUACGUCUGAAAGGUCCUCAGCCUUAUCUUCUACUCGAAGGGCCUCUUUCACAAGGCAUGGAGAAGCUGAUCCAAAUAGCUAUUCUCCAACUCUAUGAAACCUGUUCCAAUAAUAGAAUCCUUGUAUGUGCUCCGAGAAACUGGACAUUGGAUGCACUAACAAAAAGCCUGCUAAAGGAUAUCCCAGAAUCGAGAAUGUUCCGUGCUAAUGCGGCAUUUCGAGACUAUGAUCUCGUCCCGGAUGACGUUAUGCCGGCGUGCUUGUUUGAGGGGGAGUGCUUCACUUGUCCACCACUGGCUGAGCUUAAGAGUUUCAGGGUUGUUACCUCGACCUUCAUCAGUUCAUAUAGGUUGUAUGCUGCUGGAAUUGGUGCAGAUCAUUUCACUCAUAUCUUUCUCGUCGACGCGUCUUAUGCUACGGAGCCUGAAACUAUUGUGGCUUUUGCAAAUCUUGUGGGCAAGACUACGGCGAUUGUGGCGACAGGGUCGGCACAGGAGAGUCCGGCGUGGGUGAGAUCGGAUAUUGGUAGGAGAAAUGGAUUGAAGAAGUCGUUCUUUCGGCGGCUUCUUGAGAUGGAGCCCUACUCUCUGCGUGAUCCUAUGUACAUUGCCCAUAUCCAGUGAAUUUCUUGUGAAAGAAUUGAUGCGAUUAUGAUACUUACACCGACGGAUUUGUGUACAAGUGUGCGGCGAGUCGUGAUGCUUCUGAUAGCUGGUAUAGUAGAGUGGCCUCCAUAGAAAUGUUGUGUAAACAGUUGCUACAGUUCCAGUAAAUGUGUGUGGUUUGUGCUGAAUAAUAAACUCGUGCAUAUCUAAUAAUAACUUGCUCCAUAUGAUGAUUUCUCA